GCUGCGGCCGGGCCGCUCUAGGCGGCACGGGAAGUCUCGUGCUCCCUUCACUUCCGGUCUCUGGCCCGGGAUUGGGCUGCGUGGAGAGGCUCGUGAAAUGCCGACUGGAGACUUUGAUUCGAAGCCCAGCUGGGCCGACCAGGUGGAGGAGGAGGGCGAGGACGACAAAUGUGUCACCAGCGAGCUCCUCAAGGGCAUCCCUCUGGCCACUGGCGACACCAGCCCGGAACCCGAGUUAGUGCCCGGAGCUCCGCUGCCGCCUCCCAAGGAGGUCAUCAAUGGAAACAUCAAGACGGUGACGGAGUACAAGAUAGAUGAGGACGGCAAGAAGUUCAAGAUCGUUCGUACCUUCAGAAUUGAGACUCGGAAGGCCUCAAAGGCUGUUGCGAGGAGGAAGAACUGGAAGAAGUUUGGGAACUCAGAGUUUGACCCACCGGGGCCCAACGUGGCCACCACCACAGUCAGUGACGAUGUGUCCAUGACAUUCAUAACUAGCAAAGAGGAUCUGAACUGCCAGGAAGAGGAGGACCCAAUGAACAAGCUCAAGGGCCAGAAGAUUGUGUCCUGCCGCAUCUGCAAGGGUGACCACUGGACUACCCGCUGUCCCUACAAGGACACUCUGGGGCCUAUGCAGAAGGAGUUGGCGGAGCAGCUGGGCCUGUCCACCGGCGAGAAGGAGAAGCUGCCUGGAGAGCUGGAGCCGGUGCAGGCUGCCCAGAACAAGACCGGGAAGUACGUGCCCCCGAGCCUGCGGGAUGGGGCCAGCCGCCGUGGGGAGUCUAUGCAGCCCAACCGCAGAGCUGACGACAACGCCACUAUCCGUGUCACCAACCUGUCCGAGGACACUCGCGAGACUGACCUGCAGGAACUCUUCAGGCCCUUUGGCUCCAUAUCUCGCAUCUACUUGGCGAAGGACAAGACCACUGGCCAGUCCAAGGGCUUUGCCUUCAUCAGCUUCCACCGCCGUGAGGAUGCCGCACGCGCCAUCGCCGGGGUGUCUGGCUUUGGAUAUGACCACCUCAUCCUCAAUGUCGAGUGGGCCAAGCCGUCAACCAACUAAGCCAGCAGCCACCCGGCCCCCAGGGCCCCCACGGAAGCCAGCUCCUCCGAGUGCGGGGCUCCCGGCAAUAAAAAGGUUGCGGUUGUCA